AUGGCAACUGGUGAUUUCCCUGGACAUCACGGCAUAGUCGCAAACACCAUUUAUGAUACAACUAUCUCGGAUGAGCCUCUCUAUUUGGGCAAAUUCUUAAUUGAUGCAUUUUAUCUGAGGGAGCCGGUGAGUUCAACAGUUGCCCGUCAUUCACCUUAUGGUAAGCAAAACCUAGAUAAUGUAGCAAUUUGA